CCUUGUUGUAUGUGUGGCGCAUUCGGCGUCCGUUUCUGCUUUUUACGUACAUUAGAAUCUGACAAAAUCAGAGGUGAAUAAUAAGAAAUUGAUAAACGAUGACUCGGCCAGAUUUAGACAAAACAGAUAGUAACAACGCAGAUAAAAAGGAAAUUGCUGAUGAAGAGAGAGAAAAAAUGUUGAAUGAGGAGAAUGAGAAACACAAGGGGGCUGAAGCGGCGACGAUAUCCCCCCCGUCGUUGUCGUCUAAUACUGAUGUUGAACCACGUAAGAAAAAAAUACCCAUUGGUGGAAUAAAAAUGCCAGGCUUUUGUCGACCUAAGAGUAAGGAGGAAUUUCCAAGAGAUGAAAGUGGAGAGCAGCAGGCAGUUGAAGAAAGUGAAGUGGGAAUUUUGGAUGCUAUGAGACGGCCUCUGGUCAACGUACUGGCUAGCAUUAAGAAAAGUCGACCCGAUGGAGAAUUGUCUGCAGAACUGGCCAGUGUUGAGACACUCGAUGGUAGUGUGGGAGAAAAGAUAAUAAUAAAUGAUACAGCACCGCCAGCAAUAACGGAAGACGGUAUGGAAACUGUGAGAUUGGAUGGUGAUCCUGAUGGAGGUGAAUUCAACGAGGAAAAAAUGAAUCCACAAAAGCCUGGGCCCCUCCAAGUUUUGAUAUCCACUGCACGACGAAAUCAUCUUGUUACUGGCGUUAUUCUUGGAGUUUUGCUGAUAGUUAUCAUAAUAAUUACAGUGGCAUGUGCUGGUCCUCGUAGAAUGAUUGUUCAACCACUACUCAAGGAUGGAAAAUAUAUGGAAGCAGUAACAUCGUGUGGCCUGGUACAGGGAAUACUCGAGGAUGGGGGUUUUGCAUUUCGCGGUAUACCCUAUGCUCUACCACCAGUCAAUAGCUUGAGAUGGAGAUCUGCACAACCUAUCAAUCGUAUUGAAUACUGUUGGAAUGGAACUUACCUUGCACAUAAUUCAUCCAAUUCAUGCUGGCAACGCGAUGCUCUAGGCAACGCCGGAGGCGAUGAAGAUUGUUUAUACCUGGAUGUUUUCACCCCACAGGUGAGAUAUGAUACUCCACUACCUGUGGUCGUUAUGAUUGGCGCUGAAACACUCAGCGGUGGUUCGCCAGGUGUUAUGCAACCAUCGGCAAAGUUAGCUAGAGUUAGAGAUAUGGUAUUUGUCAGGCCAAAUUUUCGUCUCGGAAUAUUCGGUUUCUUAUCAGCAAAAGCACUCUCAAGGUCAACUCAUUUACCAACCUCGGGAAAUUACGCCCUAUCAGAUAUCAUUGUGGCACUGAAAUGGGUUCAGUUGAAUAUUCAAAAUUUUGGUGGUGAUGAGAAAUCAGUUACAAUUUGGGGUCAUCGGGCGGGAGGUACCCUCGUUACAUGUCUCUUGGCAGCGACACAUCCGAUAAAAAAUUUAUUUUCAAGAGCUUGGAUAUCGAGCCCUAGUGUAGCAUUGCCGACGAAAAAUCUGGAAAUAUCGGAAAAACUUUCUGAGCCUUUUCUCAAUGCUGUACGAUGCAACGAUGCUGCCUGUUUGAGAAAUAAAACUCCUCAAGAGUUAAUUAAUGCCGAACCGUCCAGUUGGUAUAACACUUCUGAAAAUUCACAACUUCCAGCUGGUCAAGCUGAUAAAAAUCCCAGUAACAGACACGAAUGGCUCGUUAUAGAUGGGGCUAUAAUCCCCGAAAAUGUUUAUGAUACAUUUAAACAUGUGGGAACUCCUGUUAAAGUUGUCAUGGGAACUACUGUACAUUCAGCAGCACCCCAUUCACAUUGGAAAAAUCUCAAUGGUAGCAUGGAUCAUUUGCAAAUCGAGAAAAGUGUCAAUGAAUCGUUAUUGGGGAAGAUAGGACUUUCAGACGAGGUAGUCAAACGUUACAAUGCCACUCUCCAUGGUCUCGCCACCAUAAUUACUGAAAUUCGCGUACUCUGUCCGAUCUACAACUUGACUAAUAUGGUACCCCCCAAUAAUAUAUCAUUUUAUAUCGCAACUCAGCCUCGUUGGGGCCAGCUCGCUGAUGCCGAUAGUGAUGUUGCCGCAAUUCUUGGUUCUUACACUCUUUUCACACCCGAAGAAAAACGUCAUCAAUCGGCUAUUCAGCAGUUAUUCAAUCAGUUUGUUUGGCACAAUCGCAUAAUAGAUGCAGCUAAAGAGAUAACCUACGGUUAUAAUAACCAUCAUAAUUAUAGUCAAAAUGCUCGAAAAAUUAUUGUUGUUGGACAGGACAUUCUCCCUCAACAUGGCUAUCCCAAUUGCGAUUAUUGGAUUAAAAAUAAUCUUGUUCCCAAAUAUGCACGAAUUGAUUAGAUACAUUAGUUUUUUUGUUUGCUUCUUCACUGCUCAUCACUCAAUUCAAACUAUCCUCCAAAUACAAUAACCAUCAUUUUAAUAUCUGCCAAGACUGACGUUUCUUUUACCAUGAAAAGACUGAUUUCGUCUAUGAGAUGACCAGUAUUGAACAUUUCUCCAACACAUUUCUCUAGAUAUCUUCGAUAUAUUUUUUCAUCAUUCACCUAUUUAUCUAUUUAUUUAUUUAUUUAUCUAAUUACUAAUCAUUUGAUUCAUUCAAGUAUCCCAUAUCGGCGAUUCAUACGCCAUAUCUUGGAUAGACUGCUAUAGUAUAUUAGGUGAGCAUUGUAAAAUCGAUAAUUUAUGAAUUCACACAUCAUUCUACAUUAUGUGAUUUCCCACAGCUUUAUAUCACAAUUAUUUGUAUAUUAGGCAUAAUUACGAUACCUAUGAUAAUCUUAGGAUAAAGUGUAAUGCGAUUUUUUUACGAUUCUUACAAUGAAUGGUCUUAAAA